AUGACUACUCACUUUACAUACGCCGAUGGCGUUGCCGUCGCCGAAGUAGCCUACUACGUACCAGCACUGCUUGUCUCUCUCUAUAUCACAUCGAAGCACGGAUUCUCCAAAGGCUCGGGCUGGAUCUUCCUGACCAUAUUCUGUAUAAUCAGAAUUGUUGGCAGUGCUGCCCAGCUUGCCACUAUCAACAAGACAGAUCCGCAGACCGCUGAGACUAUUGCACUUGUCUGUGCAGUACUAGGCCUUUCGCCCUUAGUAUUAUCUACGCUGGGAAUACUUGCUCGAGUGUACUAUUCCAUGUUGAAGCAGCCAUGGAACACUAUAUUCUCGUUGGUUUUGUUGAGAGCCGUCCAGAUACCGGCUCUUGUUGCUCUGAUUCUCUGCAUCAUUGGGGCAACAAAUACGAAUGAUCCUGCACAGAUCUACUCCCAGAGCAUUGUGCACAUCGGCAUUAUACUCUAUGCAAUCGUCUUCGCUGCGCUCGUCCUACUUACCGGCGGCACCAUCCUCGGCUGGCGGAAAACCACUCGUGGCGAACUGCCGUUGAUCAUUGGCAUUUCAAUUACACUACCAUUUCUGGCUGUGCGAAUCCUUUAUGCUCUCCUUGCCGUCUUCUCGAAUGACUCCCGGUUCAAUCCUGCUACGGGGUCGAAGACGGUGGCGCUUUUCAUGGACGUCUUGCAAGAGAUGGCUGUUGUCCUCAUCUACCUGACGACUGGAGUCAUAGCGCCCGCGGUUCCGAAGGCCGAUGAUGGCCAGCCGCGGUCACAAGAUUCGAAGUUGAUGUACAGAGCCCGGCGUGGUGACUUCAAUGGUGGACGGCUGGGCUUAUUGACUCUGGCUGUGGCUGCUUGGACUGGGAAGAUGGACGAAGAUCAUCAUAGGAGACAAAGACAUCGUGGUGUCAGAGAGGAGGGCAGCCAAUCCGGGUAUCCGCUCUCCUCGCAGCAGCGUUAUGGUUCCUCCGCCGUGUGA